UCGCUUGCAACUGCUCCGGUUCAUCAUUCUACGGUUGGAUGUGAACGUUAGCGGAAGUGUGUUUUCGUGCUCCAACGUAACAAUCAACGUUACAAUUAGGUUACAAGUUGGUACGUUUCCUAGGUGUACAUCACUCCUUAGCUAUCCGUCGGGAAACUGGCAUCGUGUGGAUCCAAGUGUUAAGGCGUAGAGUGAAGCCUAAUUAGUGAAAUUGGUUAAUGGCAUUGAGCAUUCGGAUGGAUAAGUGUGACAACAGGAUUGAAGUUUUUGAUAACUUGGUUAUUAGUAACGAAGCAUACUAAUUAAGUUGAUAUACACUUGCUCUGAUCUAGUGUUGGGCUCAAGUGACUAUAGAGAAUCGUAGUGAGUAGUGGCACAGUGUUCCUGCAAAAUGCACUACUUCAAUGCGCGACUGUGUGGUGUUUAAGUGGCGUCGUUCAUACGUACGUAGCUGGGAAAGGUGAACGUUACACGUACCAGAUGCAAUAGAAUUAGUAACCUACUAGACUAGAGGCUCAACAACCGAGUGCAUAUAUUGAAUAAAGAAUAGUGUGCAGCUAAUGACUGUGGUGUAAGUCACGUUUUCUGUCUUGUAAAAUACAAAUGUGAAAAGAACAUACGUGUGUGCUGUAGAGGCUUACUGAAUUUCACUAUCUCGAUUGGAUUCAUUCACUGGAGAGCAUCACGGACAAACAAGGACUGAACUUGAUCAGCUGCAUUCGUUUGGUACAUUCAACCGCAAUCACACAAAAACAUUUGGAGAAUGAAAAACAGACUCGACUGGUGAGCCGGGUUGAUUAUAUGCGUCAUCUUGAAACUGGAGAAUCUCCCCGAGCCUACAGACUGGUCAGUGGUCACUAAAGGAACUAACCAGAUGGCUGUCAAUAAUCCGAAAUAAUUUUGGACGUUUUCUGCUGAAUUCCCGCACACAAGAAUAAGGAUCUUAAAAAAAAGCAAACUGCACGCUAAUGCAUGUGUCUUUAGUAUAUUUGGGGUCAUUGAAUUCGAUGAUUGUAUGAUGUAGUAUAUAAAUGUCGGCAAAAGUAAACUACAUAUUAGAUACAGUAAAGUUCUUUUACCAAAACGUAAAUUAGAAAGUAUUCAUAUGAUCAAAUCAAAUCAUGUCUUGAGUUGAAUAUCUGAAUUUACUGACAACUGUGUAUUGUACUACUUAUUUGAAUUAUACUCAGAGCGAAUUCAAAGACCUAAAAUAUAUUAAAGGCAUGACACUAUUACUUUGAUACAAAAUUGUUGCGCUGUUUUAUUUCGGCUGUGAUUUAUUUCGUUUCAGGAUAAACACUUAAAUGGAUUCUUUCGCACGCUCCGGUGCACACUUUCCCGUUCUCGCCAAAGUACCAGUGACAAACCGAAAAAAUCAAUACCACCUACCGCCUGCGUUGUAUUCGCCAGAAGUACGGUCAGUAAGUAACAUGCGUCCAAAUAUGUUGACAACCUUUCAGACAGGACUUACCGUUCGUUUUUUCGUUUGAGCAUCUUUGCAAUCUCGCGCCGCAGUAUUUGAGAGUGUGAUCUACGACAGAUUCAGCGCAAACAGGCAGCGUGUGUAGGCCAGGAUCUGCCAAGUGACGAAAAAAGCGGGAAAGGAUGGAAUGGCUGCUCGCAAACCCACAAAUCAACAGCACUUUCGGAUCGCUCGGUUCGCAUGUGGAUGACGUCUACCUGGUGAACGACGACGCCUUGAGGACGCUUGAAGAAAUUAUCUGCAAGCUGGCCCUUGAGGACACAUCACUGAGAACGUUUCGUCGAGCGAUUGGCUUUGGUCACAAUGUAAAGAACGAUAUAUUACCUUUGCUGGUUAACGCCAAAGACUCGGAAAUUAUCGAUACAACGAUACGGUUGCUUGUGAAUCUGACGGUUCCGAUAGAAUGCUUGCUUCCAGUGGAAUUAUUCUCCAAAUCUGAAAUAGGCUGUCACACGAUUUUUGAGUUGAACAAGUUAUUGAUCACUAGUAAAGAAGCGUUUGUGGAAUGGAAAACUACGAAGGCGGUGGUUGACCAUAUGAAAACCAUUUUGGAGAAGGAUUCCAAACUGUCGAUUGAUAACUGUGACAGCAUCAACAAUUGUUUGCUAUUGUUGAGAAAUAUCCUGCAUAUACCUGAAGGAAAUUCGACAAAUGGACCUGGUCCACAUCUUCAUCAGAAUUCCAAUCAUAACACCUCCUUUCAAAACCAAAUAAUAUGGAACCUAUUCACGCAAAGCAUAGACAAAUUGCUCAUUCAUCUGAUGUCAUGUCCGCAACGGGCCUAUUGGGCGGUCACUAUGGCUCAGCUAAUAGCAUUGAUGUACAAGGACCAACACAUCAGUACUCUUCAGAAAUUGCUGAAUCUUUGGUUCGAGUCAACUUUGUCGGAGAGCUCCGAAGAUAAUGAAAGUAACACGUCUCCACCACAGCAGUGCAGUGGAGAUUCCAGUCCUAUGCUAACUUCAGAUCCAACAUCAGAUUCAUCUGACAAUGGAAGUGGUAAAAUGACAUCCUCAAUUAGCAAGGCCCCGGAUGAAGCUGACCAAACCACCAGAAAGGCAAAUGAUUUCCCUUCACAGAUUAUUAUGGCCAGGGUUAUCAAAUCCCACCAAAUGUAUCAUCAAUCUAUCAAGGUCAUAGAGGGAGUUAGCUGUUUCGUGAAACAUCCAUCAGUCAUCAAAUCAGUUUCGCAGGGUGAAAAGUUACCGCCACCGACCGAUUCUAAACAAGUCAAACAACUUUCUGUAAGUUCUGAUUUAUCCGAUGAAAUACACACUGUGCCAUCAUCCUUGCAGAUACAACCAAAACAGAAUCCAUCCGCAUCAGCUGGUCUCAAUCCGAAGAGCGAGAUAGAGGUUUCACCUUCAGAGGCGAUCAAUAAAACUGCCUAUCCUAACGAUACCAAAUCCUUCACCCCUCCCUCUGAUUCCAUUUCCACGAAUCCUAAUGCAAAGUCAACAACGCGUGCUGCAGAGACAACUGAUCAGACGAAGAAGGAGCUAGGACAAGUAUCCCAGUCGGAAACUUCGGAUUGUGGUUAUGGAACGCAGGCUGAGAAAGAGUCCAUCUCAACAUCUAGUAAUGAAGAUGAUGGACCUAAUCAGAAGCCGGUGCAUCAAAAGCCACCACCCAACCAGAAGCAGCGAUUUAAUGCAGCCAAUAAGUCACGCAAUCCAACUACGAUCCACGAGAAAAAAGAACUGCGCCGGAAGAAGUUGGUUAAGCGCAGCAAGAGCAACAUUAUCAACAUGAAAGGAUUGAUGCAUCACGCCCCGAGCGAUGAUGAUAUCUCUCACAUCCUGAAAGAGUUUACAGUGGAUUUUUUGCUCAAAGGGUACGGGUUUCUCGUACAAGAGCUUCACGCACAAUUGCUGUCCGAUUUGCAGGUACAAAUCGAUACGUCGCAUUUCUUCUGGCUGGUGACAUAUUUCCUGAAGUUCGCCUCCCAGCUUGAGCUGGACCUGGAGCACAUCAACACUGUGCUGUCGUUCGACAUCGUCAGCUAUCUAUCCUACGAGGGUGUGAUGCUGUGUGAGCAGCUGGAACAACUGAGCCGUGAGGCACAGACCGAUCUGAUGCCGUGCUUGAGGAGGAUUCAUUUGGUUGUUACAGCUAUCCGAGAAUUCCUACAGGCAGUCGACACUUACAAGAAAAGCUCGCACUUGACUCGGGAGGACAAGGACAAGCUGAAACUUUUGCAGCUGCAGAUUUGUGCAACGGAGGACUUGCGGUGUUUGUUCGUGCUUUUGCUGCGUUGUUACAAUCCGAGCGUGCAGAGCCGACAGUAUUUGCAGGAUUUGAUUGUAACCAACCACAUUUUGCUCCUUUUUUUGGAUGGUGUGCAGGGAAUUGCGGCUACGGGUAAUGGAGAUAUGUUGGUUCACAUCAAACAGUUUGCAACCGUCGAGAUUAUGCACCAGUAUGGGCUAUUAUUGGAGGACUUUCGUGAUAAUGGAGCAUUUGUGAAUGAUUGCAUCUUCACAAUGAUGCACCAUGUUGGUGGAGAUUUAGGACAGAUUAAUGUGCUGUUUCAACCGAACAUUUUGAAGACGUAUUCGCAAAUAUGGGAAACGGAGUAUGAAAUUUGCGAUGAUUGGUCCGAUCUCAUCGAAUAUGUAAUCCACAAGUUUAUCAACACCCCGCAACCAAGCCCACUGGCAAGCACGUUACCUGAGAUAAGUACACAACUUUUGUCCGGCAUCAAUCCAUGGACUCAGGAAGAAAAGGACUCACUACAGUGGUACUACGUGCAGUGCAAGCAAAGCUCAUGCUUAGUGGCAGAUAUAUUGAACCUAUUCCAAGAGAGCGGAAAUCAACAGAAGACGCGUGUUUCCAUUAUCGAACAACUUUGGGAACAGGAUAUUAUUGCUUUGACGCAGUAUGACGAUCUGAUGAAGGUGGAAAAUCCCGGCUACGAACGUAAUGUACAAACUCCUGCAUUUUCUGUGGCGUCCUGUAAUUCCGGGAAACGGGAUGAUGAAAAUAAAACCCCUUCCACGGCAAUCGAUGAUAUACAGGUUCUACGUGACCGCUUGCUAAAGGAAAACAAAAGCAACAUGAUUGUUUGGCUUCAAAAAAGUUUACUUAACUGUUGCUUUGUCAAACUAAAUGCACUCAGUGGUAACUUAUACAUUACAACUAGUCUAGAGGAACAGGACAGUGUCGUCGUUAUGGAGUCUGUUUCUUAUCACUGCAUCACCAAAAAGCAGUCCAUACCAGUGGUUCCAUGGAAUCAGGAACAAUAUUCCAUUCUAUCCUACCAACCGUUUGUGUUGUUGCUGCAUAAACUCGGCUUCCACCUGCCCGCAGACGCAAAGAAGAUGUUUGUUCGCAUUCCAGAGUUUUGGACUAUAGAUAUUUUGUACAGCAUUGCUCUCAAACUGGGCCCUGUGGAGCAAUCCAUCAUCAAGUUUGAUCUAAAUUGCCUCCAGAAGGUAUUGUCAAUGGAGAAGGAGGUGAAAGUGGACCCUGGAUUGACAUCGCAUAACAGUUUGGAUAGCUACACUGUUCUAGCAAGCUUUAAUUCUGAUUCCAAUACCGGCUGGUUGCAUGUAGUCAUGAGGAACAAAAAUGUCGAUACCGCGCGUUUGCUGAAUAUGCCUGGUCCAUCGAAGGUAAUUGAUUCGGCGAAUGUUGCUCAUCCGAACGCUAAAGUGGCUACCGCAUCAGCGGCUUCACCAGCGAAGCUGACGCACGAUUUAUCGGUGAUUGUUGAAGCUUCAAACGACGACGACGACGACGAUGGCGACGACGACGAUGGCGACGACGACGAUGGCGACGACGACGAUGGCGACGAAGACGAUGGCGACGAAGACGACGACGAGGUACCCACCGAGGACGAUGUCAAUGAGGAUGAUGCACUGGAUCAGACCGAGGGGCGGCGAUGCCUUGAGGAGCAUGACGUUGUUAGUGCCUGCGAGACGGCGUCGGUGGCUUCUGAUUUAACUCGGAUGUACGUUAGUGAUGAGGACGACAAGCACGAUAUCGUACCGCCAAUCCUGUAAGCAUCGAGCAUCACAUCUCGUUCGUUUGGCACGAACAUCCCACCAUCCAUCACAUCACGAAUCGCGUAGAUAACGAUCUACACACCUACCACCGUACCACAUGAUGCAGUAGGAAACUUGCUCGUAUCGAAGCUCAACAUGUCAGACCAGCAUAUCACAUCACAUUCCACUUGUGGAUUGCUACGGGAAAAUGGUCGUGUAGUAAAAUAGUACUGACACCUGAUGGUAUAUGUUUAAAUUCCAUGUUCGUCCGUUACAAAAUAUGUUUGAUGUUAUUGAGAUAUGAACCCCAUCAUGAUGUCCAUCGGUUAGGGUAGCUAAGUGAAAACAAAAAUGUGUUUUGUGGCAUUUUGGAUCCAAUCGACUGCAUCACACAGUAAGAACAACAAUUUAAUUUGCCAAAAUGAGAAACGAGCCUAAUUGGCAUUUGCUAUCAGGAAUGUAUAAAUAAUUAGCUGGCUGGUGCGUGUGUGUGAGACAUAAAAUUAAUUGAAAUCAUUGCAAGGUCUGAAACUAGAAUUGUGAAUUCUUAAAAAAGGUUUUGUUCGAACGAAAAUCACAAAUUAUGCAUCUUUGUUUAUUCUGCGGAAUUGUUAAUCAAUUCCUUUUUGCGAAUCACUUUUAUUGCUUUUGUAUUCCAUAAAAUACAUUUCUAACAUUAUUCUUGCUUUAGUUGUUUCAUAUCCCUUUCGUGACGAACCAGCACAAUUGUGCUGUUGAACAAUAACAGUUUUUCAUAUUUUUCAUCUGUUUUAUCAUUGCUAUAUGUGAUGUAAAUUGUUUUAAUAAUUGAACCAUCUCUUAUACUUGUAUGUGUACAAACAUUCGUUUGUUUAUGAUGAAUGCGUGAUUAAUCACAAAAAUGUUAACAAAAAGUGAAAAAAACCGUAAAACAUGAAAAAGUUUCAUCUGUCGCAUUUUUUUUUUAUUUUAGAAUUUUCGCAAAGUUAGAAGUCGAAAGAUAAAGAGUAGUUCUUACAAAUGUGGAAGUAAAAGUGUUGUUUUGUUAGAAAUUCUAAGAGUUCUGGAGAGCCAAAGUUUAGCAUUUUCAAUGAAGAUUCCUCCGUCCCGAAAGGAAUAUGCUUGCAUCGAUAUGAUGAAAAAUACAUACACGGUGUGCCAAAAACCGUUAUUAACAAAUAAAAAUGACCACCCAAAUGGCACCCGGCAUUCGAAAGAUAUACUAUUCUAGUAUUUCCUCUGAAAAUUUGAAAAUGUUUCAUCGAGGGAAACUAAAGUUUUUGUUAUUUGAAGAUUUUGAGCCUUUUGUAUAGGAUUUUCUUAUAUGAGUAAAUAUGCGCGCACAGUGUGCACUUUACCGAUAUUAACAAAUAAAAAUGUAAUUAAAUUAAUUAAUUAUCGAUUUUUGCCUGAAGUUUUACUUAAUUCCAAAAGCUUGACUUUACAAAUACUGGCGUUAGUAUGAAAUGAACAAAUUGAGGUGAGAUUUGCGAAAAAGUUACUCGUCCGCUCGGUGAGACUCGAACUCACGACUCCUAAUAAAAAUGUACUCCAAACUAACACCCGGCGUUCGAAAGAUAUACUAUUCUAGUAUCUCCUCCGAAAAUUUAAAAAUGUUUUAUCGAGGGAAACCAAACGUUUUAUUGUUUGAAGAUUUUCCUCUAUUUUCAUAGAAUUAGCUCAUAUAUGGGAAUAUUGUCAUACGUUGCUCCUAAUAUCAUAAACAAAUAAUAACACUGCUCAACAAAAUUUAAAAAAAAGUUCGUUUUAUGAGAUGAGAAAAAAGAGAACAGGGUUUUGGAACCCUAGAAGUGUCAUAGUGAAAGAAUUUUCGAAAAAUAUUGGAACGGGACUUCACAGUUCAAGACCGAAGUUUGAAUUGAGAACUUGGGGUUUUCAAUUGAUAUACGCAUUAGGGUUUCUAGGGUCCCAAACCCCUAUUAUUAUUUUUCUCAUCCCAUAACGCGAACUAGUGUUGAACGGUGUAAUGAGUUUCAUAAAUUUCAAAAGUACAAUAUUCAAGCAACUUUUCUGAAAAUUUGACAACAUUUCAUUGAGUGGAAUGUCAAUUACCAUGGUGUGAGAAUCUAAUUAAUAUUCCAUAGUUCUACCUGAUACUCCAAUACAAAUAAAAAUGUGGCACGCUCACGGCGUUGAUUACAUAAAUUUUCUAAGAGUUUGACACCGUUUUUUUAUGUUUUUAAGCACGUUAUAUGUUGGUACCUUGUCGAUGAAUUUGAAAACGAUUCAUGGUGAAACGAGAGUUAAAGUGAAUUAACAGCCCAAGGUUUUGGUAUUCGUAGAAAGCUUUGUAAAUCAUUGGUAUAAUCUUUAAGAUGUAGAAGCUUUUGAAGUAAACCUGAAUGCUAAUCGUUUUACUAGCCAGCUUUUAUACGUCAUGUUACUAACGUGUUUGACGUGAAUUCAGAAAUAUUUCAUUUGAAUGAUCAUCAGUAACAACGAUUUUAAGCUUUGAUUUCCAUUUCAUUGGAGAUAUGCAUACUAUCGCUUUGUAUAUAAACACGUUAAAAACACCUACUGAGUUUUGUAACGGUAUCGCAAAAAAUGUGAUAUAUAAUCAAAGUUUUAGAUUAGUUACAAAAUAUAUAUUCAUUGCGAGGAAUGAUUAACAUGAGAAAUUGAAAUAACAUUCUAUGAAGUUACUACAUUUUCAAUAUACUUAAUCAUAUCUUCUAUUUUCAGACCACUGUAAUUUGCGAUCGUUUCAAUGAAAUGUUGUCAAAUUUCCAGAGAAGUUGUUUGAAUGAUGUAUCUUUAGAAUGGUGUUUGUGAAACUUAUUAAUAUUUGUUUAUGAUUUGAAGAGCCAUAUAUGAGCUAAUUCUAUGAAAAUAGAGGAAAACCUUCAAACAGUAAAAACUUUCGUUUCCCUCGAUGAAACAUUUUCAAAUUUUCUGAGGUGAUGCUAAAAUGUAAUAUCUUUCGAAUGACGGGUGGCAAUAUGAUGUUUAUUUUUAUUUGUUAAUAGUGGUUCCAGGCACACCGUGCGCGCAUAUUUACUCAUAUAAGAAAAUUCUAUAGAAAUGGUUCAAAAUCUUCAAAUCACAAAAACUUUAGUUUCCCUCGAUGAAACAUUUUCAAAUUUUCAGAGGAGAUACUAGAAUAGUAUAUCUUUCGAAUGCCGGGUGCCAUUUGGGUGGACAUUUUUAUUUGUUAAUAACGGUUUUUGGCACACCGUGACAUACAUAUAAAUCUGAAAUGUGUUACUUUUUCAGUUAGUAAAUCUCCCUUUGUGAUUGUUUUAUUAUGAAUCAUGUACCUCUUCGACGAUUUGUAACUUCAAUAUAAAGUGACUACCACAGACAAACAGAGGUCACUACCCUCGCUCUAUCGCGAUACAUCGUAUACUUUUUUAACGUUUGGUUUGAAUAUUCGGUGGCUGAUUAGUGGGAGUCACUCGCGGCGCUCACAUCGUUUUUGUUAAUGUUUCCCGCUGGCUCACAGCCUUUACCUAUAAUGUAACAAACAGUAACUGCAUAAUCAUACAAUGAUUGGCAUAAAUCGAUUAUGUUUUAGUGAUGGAGAUUCCAACUGUUUUUUAUUUAGAUAAGCGACUGUGUGAUAACUAUUGUAAUUAUUAAGAAUACGAAUGAACGAAAGUCUUUCCAACAAAAUAUAAACAAUUUGUUAUCCGAUGUAUCAUUUCCCUUAUUAAUAUGCAUUAAAUUGGAAAUAUCAUUCUUGAAGUUCAUUCAAUAAUUCAAUUGUAAGUAUAAUUAUCGGACGUAUAUGCUGUUUAAAAGAAAUUGAAAUAAAUACUGUACUGAUACGUGAUAAUUUGGUUUGAACGAAAAACAAAAGUUUGAGAUUAUGCAUUAAAUUCUAUGAAUACAAAACAUUGAGACAUGAAAAAAAAAUCAAUAGAAAACUAAUUUAUUGCAGAGCUUAAUACUGUGAUAACUUUAAUCCCAGCAGUCGAAAUCCCACAUUUUCGUGAAUUUUGGUUUUUCAGUAGGCUCUUAUGUAACAUCAGAAUUACAUUGCAAUUCAUUAGCAUCAACAACAGUGAUAAUGACGGGAACUGUCUGCAAAGGCCGGGCAAUUGAAACGAAGGACUUAAAAUAUACACAGCGAAAAGAGAACAAUUUUAUCAUCACUACUGUCACACAAAAAGCAUAAAAAAAUGUUUCCCGCAGAGCGGAUUUAAAGCUAUGUUCUCACAAGUGAAUAUAUUAUAGAGUGACUUUUAGCAACCAUAUGUAUAACUGCACCUUUAUCUGAAAACUGUUUUCACUUGCAAAAAGGCAAUUAUAAUCAUGACUGGAACGACUUAGCUUUAUUCCUACAAAGAGUACUCGCGUACAGCAACGAAAGUUUGUCCCACCGAGGAUGCAGACAGAGUGUAGAUGUGGCAGUGCUCUUGAAAUUGAGCAAGAACUGCUGCAUGCAACAUACCAAACAAACUGAACAUGAAACUGAAACAGGGAACCAGAGCUCCGUAAGGAACAGAAGUGCUUUGAAGAGUUUACUGAUGGUACAAAAUUGGCUCCCCACCGCGGCGGCACUGCAUAGCAUAUUGAAUCCGAACCGAAGUGAGGUUAGCAAGGUGGAAGUAAUAAGAGAUGUAUGCGGAUGCGAAAGUAUGCACCUCUAUAUUGCAUGCACAUCGGGGAAGCGCAGUGCAGCAGAAAGAAUGUUUUACUGCAACUUAAGGACUUGCAGAUUCACAUAUAUAUAUGAGAGCUUUAGAAGAUGCGAAUAUUUUGAAAUAAAUGUAUUUAUGUCGAUUUGUGGUUGGUUAUCUUCUCAAUGUACAAUGUACAUACAUGGGCGAA